CCUCCCACAUCAAAAAAGAAAAAACCAGCGAAAUCAAACCCUUCGUUUUGCUUUGACAAACCAAUACCACAAUACCCAAUAGCACCAAGCGGCAAGCUCGACUUUAUUGCAUGGGGCUUUCACAGUUGAGUUCAGCUCCACCAUCCUCAUCUUUUCCUACGCAUACUUUUAUCCUUCUCUUGUGGUGUGGCUUCUUAGUCACCUCUGUGCUUGGUGGGAAUAAUGAGACGGACCGGUUGGCGUUGCUUGAGUUCAAAGCCAAAAUCACUCAUGAUCCUCUUCAAGUUAUGAGCUCUUGGAAUGACAGCUUCCACUUUUGUCAAUGGCGAGGCGUCAUCUGUGGUCGCCGACAUCAGAGGGUGACUGUGUUGGACCUAGAAUCUUCGAAACUGGUAGGCUUCAUAUCACCAUAUAUUGGAAAUUUAAGUUUUUUGAGGAAUCUAACCCUCCAAAACAACAAUUUUCAAAAUGAAAUCCCUCCAGAAUUAGGUCGUUUGCGCAGACUGCAGUUCUUAUUGUUAUCUAAUAACACAUUUAGUGGCAAAAUUCCAAGCACUAUAUCUAGUUCCUCUAACCUUGAAAUCCUUGAUGUCAGUAACAACCUUUUGAUCGGAGAAAUCCCUACAAUGCUUGGCACCUUGUCAAAGCUUCAAGUUUUUGCUAUUAGCAAAAAUAGUAUGACAGGAAUUAUCCCACCUUCUUUUGGAAACUUUUCUUUUCUAAAAGCAUUUGCUGUAUCAGGUAAUAACUUGCGUGGGAUUAUCCCAGAUUCUUUUGGCCAAUUGACCAAGAUUCAAAAACUUUUACUUGGUGCAAAUAGGUUCUUUGGAAAAAUUCCUCCCUCAAUCUUCAAUUUGUCAUCAUUAAAAUUGUUUGAUGUAGGAUUAAACCAAAUCCAAGGACGUCUUCCAUCAGACAUAGGUAUCACACUACCAAAUAUUGAAAUAUUAAGCAUUUUCAAUAACCAGUUUAUUGGACCUAUCCCAGUUUCAAUUUCUAAUGUCUCAAAUCUAGAUAUACUUCAAUUGGAUGGGAAUAAACUAAGUGGAAAAGUUCCUUCUUUGGAGAAUCAAAAUAGAUUUUCAUGGUUUAGUGCUACCAAUAACAAUCUUGGAACUGGAGGGGCAAAUGACUUGAAUUUUAUCUGUUCUUUUACAAAUACCACCUAUCUAACCGUGUUGGCUUUAAAUAUCAAUAAAUUUGGGGGAGAAUUGCCCAAAUGCAUUGGCAAUUUGUCAACUACCCUUAACUGGUUGCUUCUAGAAACUAAUAAAAUAUCUGGAAGUAUUCCUACUGAAAUAGGAAAUUUGAUCAGGUUGGAGAGACUUGAUAUAUGGCAGAACAAAUUAUCAGGUAAUAUUCCCUUUGAAAUUGGAAAGCUUCAAAUGCUACAAAUUUUGGUAUUAAAUGAAAACAAUCUCUCUGGGAACAUUCCAUUUUCUGUUGGAAAUUUAACCAUCUUGACAGACUUGUAUUUAUUCAAGAAUAAUCUUCAAGGCAACAUCCCUCUAAGUCUAGCCAAGUGCCGAAAUUUGGUUCAUUUGCAUCUUGCUAAUAACAAUCUCAAUGGUUCAAUAUCCUCACAAGUCAUUGGUCUUUCAUUCUCACCAAUUAGUCUAGAUUUGUCUGCCAACAAAUUUACUGGUGUCCUUCCCAUGGAAUUUGGAAAUUUCAAAAAUUUAGAAUAUUUGGAUAUUUCUGAAAACAUGUUGUUUGGUAAAAUUCCAGAAAGUUUGGGGAGUUCCGUAAAGUUGGAAUUUCUAGCCAUGAGAAGAAACCACUUCCAAGGGAUUAUUCCACCAUCUUUGGCAUCAUUAAGAGGCCUUCGAUCUCUAGAUCUUUCUAACAAUAAUUUUUCUGGAAAAAUUCCAAAAUUUUUGGAGGACUUUGUCUUUCUGAAAUUUUUGAAUCUAUCAUACAAUCAUUUUGAUGGUGAGGUACCAACAAAAGGAGUUUUCAAGAACAUGAGUGCAACUUCAAUUAGGAAAAAUGGUAAGCUUUGUGGGGGCAUACCUAAGUUUCAGCUUCCUAAAUGUAAAUAUGAAAAAUCCAAAAAGAGAAAGUUGACCUUUACCUUCAAAUUAAUGAUCUCUAUAUUUUCUGGGCUUAUUGGUGUAUGUUUACUCCUGUCACUUCUACUUCUCUUUUGUUUAAGAAAGAAAAGAAAAGAAAAUAUCUCAAGUGACUCAGGAAAUUUUCUUUUGAAUCUCUCAUACCAAAGUCUCCUAAAGGCAACCGAUGGGUUCUCUUCUACCAAUUUAAUUGGUGUGGGUAGCUUUGGGUCCGUGUAUAAAGGAAUUCUUGAUGAAGGUAGACAGACAGUUGCUGUUAAGGUUCUCAACCUUUCGCAUCGUGGAGCUUCCAAAAGUUUCAAAAUAGAAUGUGAGGCUUUACGAAAUAUUAGACAUCGAAAUCUUGUAAAGGUCCUCACAUCAUGUUCUAGUAUUGACUAUCAAGGCCAUGAUUUUAAGGCUUUGGUAAUGGAGUUCAUGGGAAACGGAAACCUAGAUGAAUGGCUACAUCCAACUCCAAGAAUAAAUGAGACUCUUGAGAAACCAAGAAGUUUGAGUCUUCUUCAAAGGUUGAAUAUUGCCAUUGAUGUUGCCAAUGCAUUGGAUUAUCUUCAUCAUCAUUGCCAAACACCAAUUGUUCAUUGUGAUCUCAAGCCUAGCAAUGUCCUUAUUGAUGAUGAAAUGAUUGGACACGUAGGUGACUUUGGCUUGGCAAGAUUCCUUUUUAAUGCUACCCAAGAUUCUUCUAUUAACCAAUCAAGCUCAAUUGGAGUAAGAGGAACAGUUGGUUAUACUCCUCCAGAGUAUGGAGUCGGAAACGAGGUGUCAAUAUAUGGCGAUGUAUAUAGUUAUGGCAUAUUAUUGUUAGAGAUGUUCACGGGAAAAAAGCCAACUGAUAACAUUUUUCAUGAUAACUUAAACCUUCAUGAUUUUGUCAAAGCAGUCCUACCGGAACGAGUAAUUGACAUUAUAGAUCCUAUCCUUCUUUGGGAAGGAGAAGGAGAGAAUAGAGUGAAUGACAUUACUUACAAUGAGAGCCAAAAUGGAAGUCCGAAGAGUCUAGAAUGCUUGAUUUUUAUACUUGAAAUUGGAGUUGCUUGUUCUGUUGAAUUUCCAAGAGAAAGGAUGAACAUGGGUGCUGUGAUAAUUGAGCUACACUCAAUUCGAAAAAAAUUUCUUGGAACUAAUAUACACAGACAAAGGUUUCAAGCUACAGGUGAACAAGGAUGAUGACUUAUUAUCAAUGUCGUCCACAAGGUUGUCGAAGUUUAUGAUACACAGCAUUGGGGCAACUUAUCAAUCUUGUAUCUCGUAGCGGUCAUGUUGUUUUUGUUUUUUUUCCCUUCGAUAUCAAGCUUGUAAAAUUUUCUUCAUUAAUUAAAUUUGAGUAAUAUGUAUCAAGCUUGUUUAUGAUAUACUGCUUUAAUGUACUAUUGAAUAAUAUGUAUUUCAAAAGCUAUUCAUAAUAAGGAUCCUGUAGAA